GCUCCCCCUGCCCUGAGCCUCAGCAGUGACCUUGAGCCAUCUGGGUCUGGGCUCUGUGAGUGGCUGGGAGGCUGCAGAGCUGCCCUGGGCUGAGCUCAGCUGGAGCAUUUGCUCUUGGCUGUGGGGACAGCCAAGCCCAGCACCAUCUCCUGGCUGGGCAGCUCCUGCCAAUGACUAUCUCCCAAGCCUCAGAGUGGUUGUGCUAUUUAUUAAUCCAUGAUUAUUUUCCAUCUAAUUGUCUCCUUGCUGACAUAUGCACAAUGCCCUGAGUGUUGCAGGGUGCUGUGCCAGACCCACCUCCUGCACCUCAGCACUGAUCCAUCCUUGUUUCAGCAGUGCCACCUUCAUUUUGCAUAGACUGUGCUUGGGUCAUCCCCAUUCCUUCCAGGUCAUCUACCACAGAGCUUCAGAGCACAUGGAAAUGGGGAUUGCAGUGAAUGAGUCCAGGACAAGCUGCCACCCCCCAGCCCCCUGCCUCUCUUCCCUGUGUUCCCACCACGUGUCCAUGUGGAUGCUCUGAGCAUCACAGAGUUAAGCUGUCACCCAUGAGGCAGGACUGGACAGAUUUAUGCCAGGGCUUGGUGCUUUUUUCAUGGUACAGCAUCUCAGUUGGGAAUUUCCUUGACUGCCUGUGCCUGUGCCCUGGCUCAGCACUGCCCAUAUAGCAAGGGAACUUCCAUCUCCUCCUGCUGUGUCUUCCUGCAUCCAGGGGCUGUAAUUCCUUUACAGGAAAGUAUUGCCAGCUGCUAAAGAUAUAGGGGAAAUUUGGAAUGAUUUUCCCCUUCCUUCCUGGCUCCUCCUUUUCCUGGAUAUAAAAUUCUCCACUGCCAAGAUUAUCUGAAAGUUUUAAAUUCUUCCCAAGAGCAGCUGAGUUUUGCAGGUGCUGGUUUUGUUCCAGAGCAAGGAACCAAGAAAAUUACAGGUACCUGAUGACAACAGCAUGAAAACUCUUCAUGCAGCCUUAUCACAGAGUCUGUGCAGAUACCCCUGAUUUCCCAUUAUUUUCCUUUUUUAAGGUGGGUAAGACACUCUUGUCUCUCCAGCAGCUCCCUGCACACUGCAGUGCAAACCAGCAGAUGGAAAAGCAGCCCUGGUCAAUGGCCCUGAGCAAGCAGCUCAGAGCAGAGUGCAAAGGCUGAGUGAGGCUGUUAAACUGCAGACAGAAACACAUCACUGCCUGUUCUGCCUCAGCAUUGUCUGUACUGCCCCACAGUACUCUAGGCUAGGAUUUUAACUAUUAGAGAGAAAAAAAUGAUGUAAUGGUGUUUAUGAUGCUGAGAAAGCAAAAUGGAUGGUUAGGACCUAUUCUAAAAAGGGGGAAGGUGUGUCCUUCUCUGUACUUACUACAGAGGCACCUUCUGUACAGGAGGAAUUCCCUUCAAAAAUCCAGCAGUUCAGAAUUGAAACUUGCAUGCUUUUAUUUGAUCUGAAUUUCCUGACCUGUCUUUUGUAACAGAUGUUCCCACAACAUUGUGGAAGAAUUACAAACUCCAGAACUUACUUUCUUGAGUGUUUAUUUCCCUGUCAUGUUCUGGCUCUUGGACAAUGAGUUAGUCUGCUUAGCAGGGGAAAAAGCCAACCAAACCCACAAAAAACUCCAAAAAAAACACCAAACACCCGUAAAUGGGACUCUGAAGUGAUCUUAAUCCAGUGGUUUGUGAUCUAGGACAGAAGGAAUACUCUGUCCCAUGCAUCCUAUUCCCAGAGUGGGUAGGAGCAGCUGCUUUGAACUCCCAGAGCUGCACUAGGCUUUGUCUCCAGGUUUGCCUGGAGCAUUGUUUAAGCUCCUUCUCCACCAAACAUUCCCAGUGCAGGGCCUUUCUUGGCAGCUGGAUGUGGAAUGUCCAGGUGGUCCUUCUGAGGAGAGCUCCAGGAGUUCCAUGGCUCCAAGAGGUGACAGAGCAGUGGGGUGCCUGGUGCUCUGUCAGCACUCACACAGUGGGUGCAGGUUUGCCCUGGAUCCCCGUGGGCAGCACACGAGGCACAGGGGCCCCAGUGCCCCCAGCCAGGCCAGCUCUGGGAGCCAGCAUUGCCCAGGGAGCAGGGACUGAGCUGGGGCUGCAGGGCCAUGUCAGGGGUCCAAUGCAAGUUCUCCUCCAAGCUGAGCUACGACAUGGUCACAUUUCAUGGCCACAGCAUCGCCCUGGGUGACCUCAAGCACCAGAUCAUGGCCUGUGAGAGGCUGAAGGAGCCAACCGUGAGAGAAGCUGUGUCUGCUGCACUGCUGGAAGUGUCCAAGUCCAGGUUGGAUGGGGCUUGGAGCAGCCUGGUCUGGUGGGAAUGCUCCUUUACCUGUCCCUGACGGUGGAACAGGAUGGUGGCUGAGGUCCCCCAGCCCAGCCGUUCCAUGGCUCCAUUGACCCUCCGUGGGCUGGAGCCGCUGGUGCCCAGCAGGGCAGGGGGCGUUGCCUGGCAACGGGAGUUGUGAUGAAGAGGAGCACGGGCAGCGCAGGCUCCAGUUCUGCAGGGGAUGAGGAAGGAGCAAGGAGCUGCUGCUGCUCAUCCUUUUCAUUGUUGCUUUUGCCCAUCGCUGCUGCCAUCCCUUUGGUUCAUCCCUUUCAUCAUCCCUUUUGCUCAUCCUGACAGACCCAGCUGGGCAGGAAGGCUUGUGAUCAACCAUGGAUGAAGAGACAAGCAAUAUCCCUGCAGACACGGCAACAUCCCUGGAGGCACUCAGCCUCCCCCAGCUGCUGGAUCUUGCCAUUGGGGCACCUGAGCGUGGCACUGUGCAUUUUGCAGCCAUACGAAAACUGCUGGAGGUUGUGCUGAUGCACCUGGACUCGCACUACCUGACCACCCAGGAGCCGUGGAUGGGCCAGCUGGGUGGCCCCUCACUCGCCGACAUGGCCUCUAGCAUGGAUCAGAUGAAGAAGGACUUUCAAAACUACAAAAAAAAGUCUAAGGGUCAUCAAGAUGAUAUUGGUGGGAUAAAGGCAGAAAAUUCCCGUAUGGCUGAGGACAUCAAGAACAUGCAGGAGGCACAGGCAAUGGCUGCUGCCAAGCAUCUUCAGGAGACAGAAAGUUUAAAGACUGCCCAGCGUCGCCUGAUAGAGGACAUGAAGAAGAUCCAGAACUCACGGGACGAGGACAUGGCUGCCGUCCAGGAAGUCCGGGACGGGAUUGACAAGAUAAAGGCUCAACUGGCCCUCAUAGAGGAAGAAAUAAAGAAGAUAAAGGAUGCCCUUGCUUUAUUGAAGAAGCUGGAGGAGGACAUUAAAAAGCUGAGGACAGAAACAGCCACGUGGAAAGAAGAGAUUAACAAGGAGAUCUCUCAGAAAUUUGAGGCUAUGAAGCAGGAGACAAAGCGUGAGCUGAAGAGGAUGGAGGAGCAGCAGGAGAUGAGGAAUGCCAUGCUGCAGCAGCUGGUGGCUGAGACAGCCAACCAGCUGAACGAGCAGAAUCAGGAGCUGGCACAGCAAAUGGAAGCCAAAUUUGUGCAGAUUCAGAGGGACUAUGAGAAGCUCAGCUUUGCCUCAGGGAGUCUCCAGAAGGACUCUCAACAAAAGCAGAAAGCAAUAGAGAUGCUGUUCCAGUCUCUGGAGAAGCUGCAGAAGGAGAAAGCAGAUGAGCAGGACAUGUUGGCAGCAAUAGACCUGAAGGCAGACAAAGCUGCCUUGGACAGCAAAGUCGAUUCCAGUCAGUUUGAAGAGAACAUGGAGCAGCUGGAUGAGAGGAUGCAGGAUUUGCAGAGCCAGAUUUCAGACCAGGAGCAGCACUGGAACGAGGUGCUGCAGAAGUUCAGUGAUGCAAUGGAAGGGAAGAUGGAUCGGAUGGAGCUGAAGGCUUUCCGUAAGCACCUGGAGGAGUCUUUGAACAGAAGCAUUGACAAUUUUGAAAAGAGAGUGAAAGAUGACGGUGGUGCUGGGAUUAAGAGGCAGCUGCCAGUGCCCUUCUCGUGCCUGUCCUGUGACCGCAUGCUCUCCAUGCAGGUUCCUGGCCCGUACCCCGAGACACUCCCAUAUUUGCAGCCACUACCCCUCAGCAUGGAGACCCGGCACAGCCAAAGGAGGUCAGUGGUCCAUGGCAGUGUCCCCCGUGUGCCUCAGAGCUGUGGGGACUAUCAGAGCAGCAGCUCCACAAUGCAGCACAUCGUUGCUUCACCAAAUACAAGUGCACAGAUGCAGCGUCUCCUGGUUCUAUCCAACAAGUCCAGAGAGACCCAGCUGCUGGGCAGUGGUGGACUCAUCCCGAGGGGCCAGAAUGACCAGCUUGCUGUGGUGACCAGGGCACAGGAUGAGUCAGGUACAGCCCCCCAAAACACCUGGGCACCUGGGCUGGCCCAGCCCCGCCGGACAACAACCACCCCCACCCAGCUGGACGGGACCCAGCGCCCAGUGCUCUAACUGGGACAGUUUAUCGGAAGCCAGAGAAGCCCGCAAUGACGGCCACUAGAAACAUGACUCUUUAGUUGUCUUAAGUUAAUAAAAACCGUUAAAAUUACAGGCAGAGCCUUGUCUCACCAGCCUCUCUCUCCCCCGGGCUCCCUGAUGCUCCUUAAGCUCCUUCCCCCCGCUGUGGCUCUGCCUCCAGGCCGAGCAGAUCGUGCCUGGGCCAGGCCCUGAGGCUGCUGCUGCUGCCGCGGCGCUGCGGGUGGUUCUGGGGCUGCGGGAGGGCUCUGGGGCUGCGGGUGGCUCUGGGGCUGCGGCCGCUCUGGGAGCAGCAGAGGCCGCGGCCCUGACGAUGGUGCCCGGCUGGCAGUGCUGGCGCUGCCGGCCCGGUGCCGCUGCAAUCCCCGCGGGCAGGUGCCGAUGGUGCCCGGCUGGCACUGCCGGCCCGGUGCCGCUGCAAUCCCCGCGGGCAGGUGCCGAUGGUGCCCGGCUGGCAGUGCCGGCGCUGCCGGCCCGGUGCCGCUGCAAUCCCCACAGCAGCGCUGCCGCCGCCUCAGGAGCCGCUCGGGCCCCGGCCCGCAGCCCCGAGUGCGGCUGUGCCUUCAUCUCUGCACCGCCACAGCCCGAGCUCGUUUGUCACCUUCCUCCUGCUCUGCCCUUCUCGGGGGCAGCACCAGGGGCUGGCCCAGCGGGUUUCCUCCCGCAGCGCUCCCUGUCAGAGCUGCUUUGCCCGGGCACCGCGGGGGUCCCGCAGCCCGGGGCUGAUCCUGCACGGCUCACGAUGGUAUAAAAGUGUUCAUUAGCCACGUAUUCUACUUCAGGCGGCCAGAGAGACCCAUAACUGCCUUGAGCCGCCUUUCCAUGUUACUGA